UUCACUAAUGGGUAGGAGGGGAGGGGGAAUGCUUUUUAAACCAGAGUCGCAGCGCGGAUCGCUCAGUCUGUAUUGUUGAGGUCGCCGCUGAGCCAUGAGUCGAUUCUUCAUCCUUGUAUUGGUGGUUGCAGCUGCAGCGUCCGCUUAUGCAGAGAUAAGCUGUGAGCCUGGUUCCAUCUUCAAACAGGAUUGCAAUAAAUGUCGCUGUUCUGCAGAUGGACGUGGAGCAGCUUGCACCCGCAAAAUAUGUUUACCAUCUGUCAGGCAGAAGCGUGAUACUUGCACCCCUGGAACCAACUGGAAGCAAGACUGCAACAUAUGUUUCUGUACACCCACUGGUGCACCUGCAUGCACACGGAGAGCUUGCUUUAACAGACCAGCACAAGAAGCACUCUCAGCUCAGACCUGUGAACCUGGGUCAGUAUUCAAGAAAGAUUGCAACACUUGCAUAUGCUCUGCAGAUGGAAGAAGUGCUGCCUGCACAGAGAUUGGAUGUCCGCCUCAGAACAUCAGAAAACGAGAUGUUCAGAAAUGUGUACCUGGCACAACUUACAAGAGGGACUGCAACACCUGCCAAUGUUCUCCUGAUGGACAAUCUGAAGCCUGCACUCUCAUUCUAUGUGGAUUAAAUCAAAGAAAAUAUAUAUUCUGAAGAUUUCUGACAAUUAUAAAAUAAUACAAUGGCAAUACAAUCUGGAUUCUUGGUUUUUUAAACAUUGUCAGGGGAUGGACACGGUCCAAAAACCCAGCAACCCAGGUACACCUGUUUUCAUUCUGGACUACAGAAAUAACCACAUUGUUAUUAACAACAGUGCAUAUUGAAAGUGAAAAUUUCCAUAGUCUAUACCAGUUCAAUGUAAUGAUAUAAAAAUCUAACAAAACAGUAAAAUAGUCUUUAAUCUA